UCGAAAGUAAGGAAGAAAGGCGAACGUAGGAAAGCAGUAAAAUUAAAGAAGGAAACCGAUAUGAAGAAAAAAGCUGGCGAACAGCAACGAAUGCUCUCAUUUUACCGAGCACAAACCAAAAUGGCCGAAGGAUUUUUUACGGUUAGCAGCAGUGCUUGGUUUUAUAACGCUGUUGCUUAG